AUAAUUACGGCACACACAGACUUCGACAGAACUCUUAUCUUGGCAAAUAUUCGCAUACGGAAUGAUUACACAGGCGUACGUCUUUCCUGUGACGUACAAGACCUUUUCUCCUUUUUCUACAGUGAUGAGGCUAAGCAAUUCUAGCUAAAAAGAUGGCUGGUGUGUCUGGCUAUGCCCUGCGCGUGGCCCGUCUGAGCGCCCGGAUAUUUGGAGAUGUGGCCCGUCACACAGACUCCAAAUCUAUGAAAGUGGUAGAGUUGUUUAAAGAACCCCCGCUGGCCCAGAGAAAAGAAGUGUAUGACUGGUAUCCCCCACACAAGAUCUACUAUUCAAUGACUCAGAAGCUCAGAUUCAUGGGGCUUUUCAGGGAUGAGCACCAGGAUUUCGAGGAGGAAAUGAGGCGCUUGAGGAAACUGCGGGGUAAAGGAAAACCCAAGAAGGGAGAAGGGAAGAGAGCCGCAAAGAAGAAGUAGACCAGGAAAUUAAAUGUUCAUUUUGCAUCUUCUUUUAGCAAUACCUUGACAUGGUUUGGCAGGGUUCUCACUAUGGUUUUCUGAAGAGUUUUGCCAGUUUACAAUGUUGGGACAUCCUCAGAAUACCUCACCAACACCACACCAGAUUUGUUUCCCUUAGAAUACACUGAAAGAGCCCAUAAACCCUAUAGGCCAAAGCCUGAGCUACAUUCAAGAAAUAAUAAUUCAUAUUGUUAUAUUUUUGGAAACAAAUCAAUAACCAUAUAUUGUAAUGGACCCAUAAUGGAAAUAAGUCAGUCAGGAUACGUCAUGUUAGAAAUUAUGCAUUUGUGUAGCAACAAUUUUGAUUGUAGAAGACAUGCUAUGCAGUAAACCUGCCUGUCAUUUCUUUUCUCUUAUAUGAUAAAAAGGCAUUUUAAAUCUGUUCCAAUGAUAGGUGUAACAGGGUCAUCCAUUUCCUGUGCACCAGACUGGGUUCCUGUCCCAUGGUCUAUUUUGCAGAAUUGUCUAACUUAUUUAAUGGGAUGCAUUUUUGAGCAUCAGUCGUCUGUAAGAGUGUCAAGUUAUUGAAGAAUUGUACUGGAUUUAUUCUAGAAAUACUGAAAGUGAAACUUUA